AUGAGCUGGAACCAGAACUGGAACUUGAACCAGGAGGAAAAGAAGGUCUUGAUACAGUUAGGACAUGAUGGUAGGAAUAAGAAAAACAGGAAAGUAGAUGGAGAAAGACAGGAAGAUAGGAAGAAGAAAAACAGGAAAGUAGAUGGAGAAAGACAGGAAGGUAGGAAGAAAAAAGAUGGGCAGGUAGGAAGAAGAAAGACAGGAAGGCAGGAAGAAGAACGACAUAAGAGUAGGAAGAAAAAUAACAGGAUGGUAAGAAGAAGUAAGACAGGAAGCUAGGAAGAAGAAAGACAGGAAGGUAGGAAGAAAAAAGAUGGGCAGGUAGGAAGAAGAAAGACAGGGCAGGAAGAAGAACGACAUAAGAGUAGGAAGAAAAAUAACAGGAUGGUAAGAAGAAGUAAGACAGGAAGCUAGGAAGAAGAAAGGCAGGAAGGUAGGAAUAAGAAAGACAGGAAGGUUAAAAUGGAAGAAAGACAGAAAGGUGGGCAGAAGAAAGACAUAAAGAGAGCAGAAAGAAAGGAAGGUAGGAAGAAGAAAAACAGGAAGGUAGGAAGAAGAAAGACAGGAAGGCAGGAAGAAGAACGACAUAAGAGUAGGAAGAAAAAUAACAGGAUGGUAAGAAGAAGUAAGACAGGAAGCUAGGAAGAAGAAAGGCAGGAAGGUGGGAAUAAGAAAGACAGGAAGGACAAGUAA